AUGCCGUCAGACGUUCAACCUCAACAAAAAUUAGCAUGCGACAACAAGGCUUCAUUCACUAAGAUAAUUAAUGAUCAUCUUUCAGUUACAUGUGUUUAUCUAAACAAGCAGUCGAAGUUUCGAAGUGAGUGUUUACUAUCGUUCAACAAUACUCUGAAGGAUAAGAAAGUCUCAAUUAAUUCCCGUGAGCCUGAUCAUAAUGUUCAAGAUACUGAGGAAAAUGAUUCUAGUUGGCUCAGUAAUAUGUUCGGAGGAGCUUCACUGGAGCUGAAGUUAAUUAAUAGCCUGCCCUCUAAUGACAUACAUAUCUAUUUGGGAUAUAUACAGUUGUUUGGUUAUAUACUACUUAAUUAUAAGUAUUCGAUAGCAUCAGCAUCAUAUCAAAUUAAUAGAUCACAGAGGAAUUCCUCUUGGUGGGAAAAUAAAAACUAUGCAGAGUAUUAUCACGAUGAAGAAGAAGAUGAGGAAGAAGAUGACGACGUAAAGGAAACUAUCUUGGACAAUGUUCCAUUCAUAAGGGAAAACAUGUCGAGAAGAUUAGUUAUUGGUGGGAAGCUUGGAGGACUUAAUGACUUGGAUAUUGAAGGAAAGGGCCAAAUUAGAGAGAGUGAGAGAUAUUUAGUUCAAGAUUUACUUUAUCAAUUUAAUUCUUACGAGACUCCUAAGCUGGGGCAAGGAUCUACAACAAACUCUGGAAUGUUACCAUUAAGCGAGUUAGUGGACUCUAUAAUACCCAUUUUCACUACGUCUCAAUCUCUACUAUUCACCGACAUUACACUUCCACCAUUAUCGAGCAAAACUUUUCAUGUGACCUUUCCAAAGCCCAAGGGGUUGGCCCCGUCUUACAAUUCACGACUGACUGGCCCUGUAUGUGAUCAAGGAUUGGUUUCUAUAAAGUACUCUUUAGUGAUGGGGUUCAGCUUACGACAAAGUAAGAAACCAAUGGCAGUUUAUUUUCCAUAUAAUGUGACCGCAGAAAGACAUGGGAAUGACGUGAGAUGGUUGCAGAAGGAUUACCUUAAAGAAGUCAUUGUUGAUAAAUCAUGGCAUGCAGAUUUCAAGAAUGAUUUUAGUGAAACUGAAGAUACAAUCUCCAAUGAUAAACAAAUCAUUGACGCCAAGAGUUCGUUUUUUCAGGACCUAUCCUACUUGAUUAAAUCGGACCUACAUAAUAUGCCACACACAUUGAUAUCAGACCGAAAGAAGAGUAUCAGCCUAGCUGAAUCAGAUCAUCAUGGAGAAUUGCCGCAACUACCUGCGAGUUUGAAUAAUCAAUUUCUGGUCAAAGUCAAUAAGAGCUCUCUCUGUUUGAUAACUCUCAAUAAGUCGUACUUUUUUUUGGGGGAUGACAUCAACUUUGUAAUUGACAUUCAUCCACAUGAUAUUAGUCUGGUUAAAGUGGUUGGGAUCAUAGCACAUCUUGAAGCACAAGAAACCUUUCAUAGUGAAAGAAACGGGAAAGACUUUGAAUUUAAAAAUGCUUAUAAAGUAAGUCCUACUAAGAAGUUAAAUUGUUUCGCGUCAUCUAUUCUUACCAAUUCUACAAGCACAUUGGUUAAUGGAGCUCUCAACUGUCCUCUUUAUCUAGCUUCGCAAUUCCAGAGCUCUAAUUUAAUGAAUCUAAGCUAUUUUCUUGUGCUCAGAUUUAACUAUCAUGAUUUUAAUGAAGAUAGUCAGUUGGGGAAUUCUGAAAAAGAGAAUGGUCAGAGCAUAAGUGUGAAAACAGGCGAGAGUACAUUGCAAGAAGAAACGGCGGAGAAUGAACAUAUGAUACAAGGUUCUCAGACUCUUUUGGAGGAAGAAAAUAGAAACAAUGGAGUCGAAGCUCAAUCAUCAUCCGACCCAUUAAGCUUCGUAAAUAAAUACAAGUUUAACUGCGGAGGCGGUCAAUUGAAAAUCAAGUUACCUAUAUAUUUAUUACCUAGAUAG